CUUUUUUCCGACACUUUCAUGCCAUCUGGACCUUCUUUUUCAUAAUCUGCACCUUCCGUAGUCACGAGGUCCAAAAUGGACAACUCGGUAGGAUUAGUGCAGCAUCUCUACAGUUGGUUUCGAACCAUAGUUACUGUCUCUAGGCUUAGUAGGUAAACGCAUUACCAGUGCACCGUGACAGGGAUUCCAAAUCAGAGCUACAGUCUGUGUGUUCCGUUUAUCGCAAUUAGCGGAAACGUAGUUAUUAUUAUAAUCUAGAUUGCCUAGAAACCGUCAUUUACAACACGGCAUAUAAUUCGGUAUGAAUUAGCCAGAGGCGUUCUAUCCAUUUAUUUUCUACGUGUUAUAGUAAUAAUUGCUUUGUGUUACUUCAUUGUGUGUUUUAUAAACAAAGGAAAUUCGGAUAUUUAAAUACCUUACGAAUUAUCGGUUUACUUCCUAGAACUGCAGCCAAAACACUACCGUUCAGCAGUUUCUUAGUGAACGCGAGAUAUGCUUGUAAAUGUUAUUAAGCCGCACACUUAGACUUUUACUUUUCGAUUUUGAAUUUUUUUUUAGUUUUAGUGGCAUCUUAUGUGCUUUGAUUGUCUGUAUCCUAAUAAAAAUUAUAUAUUGGUACCAUUAUAAUGCAAUAGUAAUUCUUCAAAGCGUUAGGACGUGACGUUUAUUUGCUUUAGGCCGUCGAAUCUUAUAAAAUGUGCUACGAACUAACAAGCCGAAUGUCGCCUCGCUUCCAAAACACAGUCAAGUAUCGUCCAGGUACAGAACACGAUUAUGUUUUAUUGUAGCUGUUAUCAGUCUGUUCUCAAUCCGGCGCGGCAAUUCCCAUGUUGAUUCGCAUUAGCGAUAUUCCCUCUCCCUUUUGUUUACAACCAGUAUCAGCCGUUUGUGCAUUUAAAUGUGAUGUUCUAUGCCGGCCGUGUUUCUUCUCAGGCUGUACACUAACAACACCUAAUGACCGCAAGUUCAUCCGUGCAAGGGUGGCCGGAAACGGGACAGGAUCAGUUGGCACAGAUCAGCAACAGCAAAUUCGGCAGCCUUCGCAGCAACAGGCAGCCAAGGUAGCGGAUGCCGUUAGCCAGAAUCACUGUUCAAGCGAGAAAAAUUCAGUCGGUGACAACAGCGACGAUGAAGCCUCAGCAGUGCUCGAGAGCCGACUGGAAACUGUGCUACGGGUUAGUGCUCAGCCGGGCAAAGAAAAAUGUGUCUUCUUGCAAGGUAUGGCAGAGAGCAACACGCGUCUUACGGUGCGUCGAAUGAACGAGGCGGUGUUCGAGCGUCUUAUGAUGGAACCGGCAGAAUUGACCAAGAAUCGAAAUGAUGCCCGGCACGUUUGCUAUCUCUACGGGUGCUACCAAAGGACAUUCAAAAGCGAUCUACUCCCGCACGAUGUGGCGGUUCAGGUGCGGCGCGUCGUGCUGGAACAAGCAGUCACCUGUCUCAUGAAUGAGGUUAUUUACCCAGGUCCGCCGCAACCUUCGCAUGCACAGCAGCUCCAGAUUAUUGUAAUGGAUGAACGAAGUUCAUGCAUUGCAGACUUCCUUAGGGAAUUGAGUGUCAUAGUGGACCAACGCUAUAAAGGCGGAGGAGAGGAAGUUACAUUAAAGGACAUAAUCAAGCCAUCCUUAACAGCUAUCGCUCAGGCUGUCACCGAUGAGGGCAUUAUGUCACCGCAGCAACAUCGUCUUUUUUCAUUAGCAAGAUUAUUUAUGCAAAACGAGCCGCUCGCCGAAGCUAUGCUUGCAGCACAGCCAAUUCAUCAGCCACGGUCGGCCCGUCCUCAAGCUUUCGAGGAGAUGCAGGCGAUCGCGGAGCUGGAAAGUUCGUUACUGGGAGCCCUGUUCAAAUUAUCAUACCUUGGCGUCGAAGGCGGACAAACGGGUUGGGGUAUUUUCGAAAGAAUGAUGACGGCAACACUUCAGGACGUGGCUAUUGAAGAACAAAAUUUGUGGCUGCCCGCCCGUCGCGUGCAGAAUGACUUGUUUGAAAUGAUUGACCAAUUGCUACGAAUUAGUCCAGCAAUACGAGCUCAGGUCAUCGAAUGGGUGGGAUAUGCGCUGGACCUUUGCAGCAGCCGCUCGAAGUUGGGUCUGAAAGUAGGCCAAGUUUCUCACGGAUUUGCGAUGAAUCUGACCGCGGUUCUGCUCCGUUUAGCGCAGCCUUUCUGCAAAGUACGUGACCCUGAGAAAGUGCUCAAAGCAGAUUUCAGUUAUGGAGCGUGGACUUACGACGGAGUUAAAAUACGACUUCGGGGCCUUGAGAACGACACGACACUACUACCGAAAAAACCUAUAGAUAAGCUCACAAAACAAGUGAAUUUCCCUACUGAGUGUUUCUUCGCGGCUCACAAAGCAUUACUGAUUAGCACUAGGGUGCUUCAUGACCGACUGAUGGAGCUCAACAAAGAAAUGGGCCGAAUGCGAACCAUCUACGAAGAUUCCCGGGGACAGGUUAUUGAUUUACAAGGACAGGAUUUUGUCGAAAGGCUUGAACAACAGCUAAAUGCAUGCAUGAGUUGGUAUCAGAGUAUGCGGACAACGCUGUUCGAGCCAGACUUCUUCAAGAUGCUAGUGAAUUUUACUGUCGCUUCAGCUCAUUGGCUUGUCGAGGUUGCCACUCGCGACGGGGAACCCUUCGAGCAAGUGACGCCGGCGGAACGGUUGUCGCUAGUACCUGAACAUAUACUCGAAAACGUUUCAGACAGCGUCGUCAUGACGAGAAGAUUUGGUGAGCGCAAUUUGAGUCAAUUCACGCCUCAUCUUGCCCCAUUAUUGCGACUCAUCACUACAUUUAUGGGCUCGGCCGAUCGUGUCAACAAUCCCCACUUGCGAGCGAAAUUAGCUGAAAUGCUUGAAAGUCUAGUAAUAACCGUCAAUACACAUGAUCCGCACGGGAUCAAUUCAAGUAUCAGUAACGGGGAUGUUUGCGCACUUCUUGAGACCUCAAUUUCGGAUCCUCUUGCCGAAACUUUAAUUCAGGUAUUCGUGUCGAUUGAAAUGACGGGUCAAAGCGUGUCCUUCGAGGAAAAGUUUCAGUAUCGGCGUCCGAUGUACCUGGUACUGGAGCAGCUAUGGAAGUUAAAGAAGCAUCGAGGCCAUAUGGAGCAACUAUCGGAGGAAGCAGUAUUGCAUAUUGAAGACACAAACCAGCCACUGUUUCUUAGGUUUGCCAAUCUGUUGAUUAAUGAUGCUAACUUUCUGGUCGACGAGAGUUUCCAGUUCAUGCAGCGAUUAAAGGCUCUUGAAAGAGAGCGAGCAUCGUGGCAAACGCUGCCGAUAGACCGGCGGCAGCAAAACGAAGGCAAUUUUCGCCAUCAGGGCAUGAUUGCCAGGUUUCAUAACGUGAUGGCCCGUGACACUAUUCGCACUCUAACAUGGCUUACGUCAUCACCUGUUGUGCGACGACUAUUUCUACACCCCGUGCUCAUUGACCGUAUUGUUGUUAUGCUCAACUUCUUUUUACUUCACCUUGUCGGUCCUGACCAGAAAAAUUUGCGUGUACAGAAUCUCCAAGACUACGAGUUUAAGCCUGCUCUUCUUGUCGAAAGCAUAGCUCAAACCUACCUUCAUUUGGCCGGCGUUAAGUAUGCCGACGACGCUCAGGACAGCCGAUUUGAGCAAGACGCGUCAACCAAAAGCUUCUAUGAAGCUCUGGUACGUGAUGAACGCUCAUAUAAGCCAGAAUUAUUCGUUGAAGCACAGAAGGUCCUUAAUCGGAUUGGUCGAGGUGUUCUUGGUGUCGAGAUAGAGGAACUGGGCCGAAAGGUAACCGAAGCUCAAAAUGCGAUUACUCGACAGGAGGAACUCACCCAAGAUGCGCCGGAAGAAUUCAUGGACCCUCUUAUUUUCACACUAAUGACCGAUCCUGUCAUACUGCCGUCGUCCGGGGUUACUGUGGAUCGUAAUACUAUCGCAAGGCACUUACUAAGUGACCAAACGGAUCCGUUCAACCGGCAGCCACUCAACCUAGAGCAGGUUAAACCAAACGAAGAGCUGAAGGUCCGUAUCGAUAAAUGGUUGAGGGAGAUCCGCAAAAAAUGAGCACAGAGAAGGAACGUUUCGUUAAAAAGAGGAAUGAAGAAUAAAUAGCAAAACAAACAGAAUUAACGCGCGCAUUGAUAUGAUCUAGGCAUCUUAACCACUGUGUUGGUCUUUGAUAUAUGAUGAUGCGGAUUAUGAGGAACAAAACGUAGAAAUUAUAUACGUUUUCGCGAAAAACACAAUAACAGGAGAUUCCGUUGACCCAAUAUCAGUGAUUAUUGGUCUUUUAGAAUGUUGUCUGCUCGUAAACUAGACUAAUGCCAGUGUGCGACGAAAAAUAUAGAUGCAUACUAUAGAUAAAUAUG